ACACUGUAUCACAAAUAGGAAAAGACACCUGUGGUGAAACACGACAUGCAGCACUGAACUUGAAAAUUUCAUUUCAUAACCAUUUUAUGUCGUAAAAUUGGAUGAUUCGUAAUGGAUUAUCUGGAAUUUUCCCUUGCUGUCGGAAACUGCGAUCUUCCGUAGUUCGGAGGGUAUGGUGGGGCAAAUUUGUAUCACCAUUUUGCUUUGUUCGAUACAAAUUCAUAGGUCUACUAUUGGUUUCUGUGUGCUGCUUCCACGUACAAGGAGUAUGAGGAAGUUAUACCAAUGGGGCGAGUAUCCGACUGGAACUUUACCGACGAAAUUCCUGAUUUUCAGUUGCUAUGAGGAUGACACAGGUCAGUUGUCAUGGAAACAGUUGUUCUACAGAGGAACGCAACCUCAAGACAAGAACAAACCACAUGUGUUUAGGAAUUGACGUAAGCAAGAUCAGUACCCUGGAAUCUAGCGAGGAGUCUUUCUCUAGUAGCUACGUGGACGAGUCGACGUUAAAAUUCCGCCUCAGGCGUCUAUUCAAGCGUGCGAACUAUAUGUUUCGGCAGAUGAAGAGUCUCAAGGAAAAAUACAUUGUUGCACGGGGACUAGAUCAGGCACCAUUUCAAAACCUCACCGACUUCAUAUCUCUCCACCCAUGUCUAGGACCGCUGGAGUUCAAAGGUCGCAAACACCUGUCUACCAAAAGGGAAAAACAGUUAGUAUUGCGAUUAGAACACGACUAUGACACUUUAACGACAAUGGUUGGCGUCCUGAAACUCAUGCAAAAUGACGAAGAGGAGUAUGAGCGCAAAAAGUCAAUGUCCAAUCGUAUUGUCAGUGCUAGACUAGGCACUGAGAGGGUCAUAUGUGAAUUGUUUUUAACCAUUCGGAAACUUCACACGGAGUUAUCAGCGGCAAAUAUUUCUGUGGACAGUCGUGUGCCUGAAAGCGGACUAUACACACCGGUCGUACGGUCAUGGUGUUCUGUCAAGUCAGGAAGUUGUCGCCAUGAGAGAAAUGGCGUCAUCCUGACACAGUUGUUACAAUUUGCUUACGUACUUAGGAAGAACUAUAGGAGAAUACGGUAGUUCCCAUCAUAUCUACCUCAGGUUACUAGUGCGAUCCUCACCGGCUGAUAUUUUUUGUCUUCCUUAUCAAUCAAAAUAUAAUCUUUUUUGUUAUUGUUGUAUUUUAUUGUUUACAACGUUUACUUAAAUUAUCAAGAAAUAAAAGGAUAA